UCAAUAUACUGAACUCAAGUGUGCUCCCAGUAAAGGCAUAUUGAGAACUACCUGCUAAACAAGUCUAUAUGGAUUUGCUUUUUCAAAAUUGGAGAACUCCAGUACAAAUUGUUUUCCUAAUAAAUUUUAUUCACAUGCAUAUUGCAGCUUGUCUUCAGCAACUUUGUUUUCACAAAAUAUGUUUGGUUGUCGUAAUCGUUUCGUAUUAUUAAUAUUUUCAUUAUUAUGCACAAUAAUUGUAUUAACUCAACAAGCUGUUGCUCUAACCAUACCAACAUCACAGCGCGCAUCUGGCUCCUCGCCAUCCUUUUCCACAGCUUCAUUCUCAUCAUCGGAGUCAUUAGUGAUGAUUUUGCCACAAGUUAAUGCGAGUGAAGGCAAGAUGUUAUCUGUUUUAGAACAGGAAACUAGUUUCAACAAUAACAACGAUAAUAUGGCGGUGUUGGUGGAUGUUUUAACACCUGGCCAACAAGUUAUUAAUGCAGUACCUGAUAAAGAAAGAUGUUUAGAUGAUACAAGUGCUAACUCUAUGUUAAAUUUGUUAUAG